AUGACCAAGAAAGGGACUCGCGAGCGUGCGCCGCAAAUCGCAGAUGAGCGUUUUGCGCGUGUGCAAGCGGACCCGCGAUUUAGGCGCGCAAAGCGUAAUGAGACAAAGGUCAAGCUUGACGAUCGAUUUAAGGACGUGCUUGCGCCGCAGAAACAGCGCGGGCCGAAAAUCGACCGUUUUGGUCGGCGCGACAGUGUCGCUGGGCGGCGUGAGCAAGACGAGCUUGCUAGGAUUUAUAAGCUCGAGGAGGAGAAUGACGAAGACGAGGGUCAGCAAAUGCUUGAUAUUGCGCGUGGACAGGUCGAGUUGGAAAGCAGCAGCGAAGAAGAAGAGGAAAGUGCCGACGACGACGAUGACGACGAUGAUGAUGACGACGACGACGUCAUGAUUGGAAAUCAGGAUGCUGUACGACGGGCUCGGAAGAAUCGCGGCUACUUGGACGUUGAGAUUGACCUAGAGGAAGAAGAGCUUGAUCCAGAUGUCAUUGCCGAGCUCGACAAGCAGGCUAAGCAACCGAAAGCGUCCAGUUCGCGGGUCAAAUCGCAGUAUGACGAUGUUGCACGCGGCGAUGAUACAUGCAGACUUGCGAUUGUCAACAUGGACUGGGAUCAUGUGCACGCGCGCGAUCUGUACAAAGUCAUGGCCUCGCUUGUAUCCCCCACCGCGUCGAGAGAACCCCUCGCACCAGUCCCGCAAGACGGAUCAAAGCAAAGCGUCAAGCUGUCUUUGGCCCCGGUCCGCGGCAAGAUUUUGUCCGUGCGUGUGUACGCCUCGGACUUUGGCCGUGCGCGCAUGGAGAAGGAGGAUUUGGAAGGACCCCCACGCGCCAUUUUUAAAGCAGACGAGGACGGCGACUUGGAUGACCCAAAGCAGCUGUACCAAGUCGAUGAAGGAAAUGAAUUUGACGAGGACGCACUGCGCAGGUAUCAAUUGGAUCGGCUGCGCUACUAUUAUGCAGUAGCGACGUUUGACUCGAAAGAAAGCGCACGGCACGUGUACAAUGAAAUUGACGGUUCCGAGAUGGAGAACUCGGCCAAUCUAUUUGAUUUACGCUUUGUUCCAGACAAUAUGGAGUUUCCUGAUGGCCAGGAUAAUAGGCCUGCGGAUUUUCGCGAGGAAGCAGUAGACGAUCUUGGCCGGUACGAGGCUCUCGAUUUCAAGACAGACGCUUUGCGCCACUCUCGCGUACAACUUACGUGGGACCAAGAUGAUCCCCAACGCAAGCGGCUUACGCAAGCGGCUGUACGCGGCUUGGACGAACUUAAUGAAGACGAUUUAAAGGCGUACCUGGCGUCCGAUAGCGAGGACGAUGCCGAGAAAAUGUCAAAAGGCAACAAAACCCGUUUGCGCUCUUUGCUUACCAGCGGAACAAACGCGUUUGAGGAUGCAGAUGACGAGGACAGCACCUAUGCGCCGAAGCAAAAACGCGAGGGCGAGAUGCAAAUUUCCUUUGUCCCUGCGCUUGCACAUAAGGCAUCGACGGAGCCUGAUCACGAGGAGACCACUAUUGAAAAGUACAAGCGCAAGCAAAAAGAACGCCGCGAGCGCAAACGGGCGGAGCGUACAGAGAAGCCAGAGAAGAGCGUGGAUACCUCGACGGGCUUUAAUGACCCAUUCUUUGACGACAGUGGCGACGACGACUUUGAGCGCGCGCUUACUAUAGAGAGUGCGCCAAAAGAGAAGAAGCGCAGAGAGGUGGCGCCUGUGGAUGCAGAACCUGUUUUGGACGACGCACCCGAUUCGGAUGCGGAACGCCACUUUAGUCUUCCGGAUAUCGUGCGGCAAGAAAAGCUGCGCGAGAAAAAGAUGGGCAAGAAACAGCGCAAGCGCGAGGCAAAACGCGAUCAAAAACGCGCUUCGCUUCUGCAGCCAGAGUUCAGCAUGGACACAAAGGACCCGCGCUUUGCCGCAGCGAUGGAAGACCACCGCUUUGCGAUCGAUCCCAACCAUCCUGGGUUCUUCAAGACAACAGGUAUGCAGCAGCUCCUAGAGGAAGGCAACAAGCGGCAGCGUGCGAAAUCUGACGCACCAUCGUCACAAGAUACUGACUUGCACUCUCUUGUACAGUCGGUCAAACGCAACGCAACGCACACAGGUCCAAAGAAAAAAAGACGUAUCUAG